AUUGGAAUAUUCUCAAAUACUCUGUUUCUUUCUAGUACUUGUUGUCUAGAAAAAACUACUCCAUUAAACAUUGAGAGUCUAAAACGAAACGUACUCGGAUACAAAACGGAGGAAGUAAUAGCAUACGGUUCUCUCUAUCACUACCAUGAUCAGAGUUCUAUUUUAUCAAUAAGAUGCCUACAGUUAGUACCCGGCAUCGCGUCGCACUCAACGUGACUCUAAAUUUAGCCGUCAAAGAUACUUGGUCAGCAAAGAUCAAUCCAGAGUGGGGCAGAAAAGAGAGGGCAAUUCGGUGAGAAAAGAGCAAAAGGCAAGUGUCCACCCUUCAAAAUUCCUAAUUUUCUACCCUAGGAGGAAAGUGCGUGGGGAUUAGGGAUUUAGGCGCCGCCGCUAGAGUAGCACACCGCCAGUUUUCUGUCGUCGUCUGACGCGCAUCCCAUUGAAGUACUCCAAAACCGCCGCAGUAAGCGGCUUGCUGCUUCGGCAAUCCUGUGGUCGCGGCAGCGAUGGGGGUGGUGUUGCGCGCACACCUCCUCGUCGCUCUCUGCCUCGUCGGCGCCGGUGGGGCGGCCAUGGCGCAGAAUUCGGCGCCGCCGCCGCGCGGGCAUGCGCAGCCGCUGCCGAAGCAGACGCCGUUCGGGCGCGCCAUGUCGACGGUCAUCACGGUGGCCAUCAGCGUCUUCUUCUUCCUGCUCUUCUUCUGCGCCUACAUCAACCAGUGCCGCCUCGCGGGCGAAGGCGGCGGCGCGCCGCGGGGGACCAACGUUGCGGGCGCCGGGGCCGGGGCCGGGGCGUCCAGGAGGGGGAAGCGCGGGCUGGACCCCGCGGUCGUGGCGACGUUCCCCAUCAUGCCGUACAGGGAGAUCAAGGAGCACAAGAUCGGCAGGGGCGUGCUGGAGUGCGCCGUGUGCCUGACCGCGUUCGAGGAAGGGGACGACCUCCGGCUGCUGCCCCACUGCUCGCACGCGUUCCACCCGGAGUGCAUCGACCCCUGGCUCGAGGCGCGGGUCACGUGCCCGCUGUGCCGCGCCAACCUCGAGAAGCCGCCGCCGCCCCCAACGGCGGCGGCUGUCGUGACGCCCCCUUCGCCAGAGCAGAUGGCGCCUUCGCCUGCGCCAUCCCCGCCGCCGCAUGCCGUGGCGGUGGCGAUACCGGUGCGGGAAGAGGAGGAGGAGAGCGACGAGGAGGACAGGAAGGAGGAGGCCAUGGAGCUCGAGCUGCUCCGCAGCGAGCGGCGCGCGGCGAGGCUGCCGAGGUCGCACUCGACGGGGCACUCGCUCUAUGCGGCGUCCGCGGCCGCCGCGGAACGCAGCGACCACGAGAGGUUCACGCUGCGGCUGCCGCACCACGUGAGGGAGCAGGUGCUCAGGUCGCGCCGCCUGCGCCACGCCACGAGCCUGAUCGACAUCUCCGGCUUGAGCCCCGAGGGGAGCUCGCGCGGAGGACGGCGCGCAGUGGGAGGAGGCAGCUUCGGCAACGCCGAAGGCGGCAGCAGCCAUGGCGGGCGGCGGUGGCAGGCGUUCCUGGCCAGGACGAUGUCGUGGGCCCGAGGGGGAGGCGACGGAUCGGUGCGGAAGGGGUGGGACGGAUCGACUAGGAGGGGAAGGGAGGAUGCCGAAUCGAGCAGGAAGGGGCUGGCUUCGCCUUCGCCGGCGGCGGGGCGGCCAUGAUCAUGCCGGCAGUCGACGCCGACAGCGGCACCGUAGCCGGAACGGAAAGCAUGUUGUUGACUGUAAAAAAUCGAGUGCACUUUGGUUUGAUCUCUUUGGAGAUAUGAUUUUUUAACAUUUUCAGGAUAAUGAUAACUUUUUCGUCUUCUUUAUAGCUAGGAAAAUUAGCGUUUGGUUUACGAUGCCUGAAAUCGACUCUCACGGAGUGAAAUUUUGUCCGUUCUGUAGAUUCCCACGGGAUUAAAAACCUUGGACAGAGGGGGCAGAAUCGGAAGGUUCUCUUUGGAUGUGUCGAUCUUUUUCCUCCUACGGACGACGGCCUUCUCUUUUCAGGACCUUUUGCAAGAGAGGAUGCUAGUGGAGAAGCAUUUGCAUAUCUUGCUUUCGAGCCCGAGAAGCUGUUCUUUCGGAGAUUCCUGUCGUCCGUAAUGUGGGGUUGCUAAAUUGUCGGGAUAGUUUAAUGGUUGGUGUCUGAUAACGUUUUGUUUACGAGAGGUCAGUCUUCAUCUGAAAGCUUCGUGUGGGAUGAAUGACAGGGGCAUUGCUGCAUUUUGUGGUCUUGGCGUGCUUGACGGCCCGCCAAUACGGCAUCUUAGCCGCAUCGGCGCAAGGUUACCCAGGACAGGUCGUGACUCCCGUAUAAGUCUAUCACCGCAUCAUCAUAGUAUGCUCCAAAGUCUGAAACGAGUGAGCUUAGCCUAGCCGUCUGGCUGGGGUGGAGGUGGAGGUGGAGCCGUCCAGGACGAAAGGCAGCUCACGAACGCAAUUGAGUCAUGCAUUGCUUGUGAACAACAGGGUGCGUCCACACGGCUGCUAGUCAGGGAGUAGUACUCAGCAUGCCAAGUCCAAAUACUCGGACUUUUCGUUUCCAGAAUGAAAUCAACCAGCAGCUCUGUUGCUGUUUCCUCGCA